AACCCUCCCGCAAGCCCUCGUCGUUCUUUCCUUUCUCCUCUUCCUGGCCGCCCCUUCACUCGUCUCUGCUGCCCUGCCCCGACGAAGUGUUCACUUUCCUCGCACCGACGAGGCAUACCCUCCGCUCUCUCACCCUUUGGUUCCUCGCUGCUCAGCCAUCUGCCGCUCCGACGUAUUCGCGACAACGUGUUGCUCCACCGCUGCCUCGAAGCGGCCACUGUGGUUUGGUUUCCUCUUUGCGACGGUUGGGGUGGAGACCUGCCGCAUACUGCUCGUCGCCACUUUCCCGACUUCGGAUCUCCCUCAGCCACCGCCAAGCAUUGGUCGGCUCUGCCACUGUUAUAGGGGAAGAGAAUGGUGGGGCUGUCGGAGGGAGAGAAGCGCUUCAUACGGGGCGGGAUUGCACAGGAUCUCCGCACCGAUGGCCGCCAAAGACUCCACUACCGGCCCAUAUCUGUUGAAACAGGGGUCAUUCCUCAGGCAAAUGGUUCUGCUCGAGUUAGAUUGGGUGCAACCGAUGUGAUUGUAAGCAUCAAGGCAGAAUUAGGGAAGCCACACCCUCUUCAACCCGACAAAGGGAAAGUUGCCAUUUUCAUUGACUGCAGCCCAACAGCAGCACCCAUGUUUGAGGGAAGGGGAGGUGAAGAACUGUCUACAGAGCUCUCAUUUGCUCUCCAGAGAUGCCUACUAGGUGGAAGGAGUGGAGCAGGGGCUGGAAUUGACCUCUCAUCACUAGUCAUUGUUGAGGGCAAGGUAUGCUGGGAUUUGUACAUUGAUGGACUUGUUGUGAGUUCAGAUGGAAACCUACUUGAUGCAUUGGCUGCUGCUAUCAAGGUAGCUUUGAGCAAUACAGGCAUUCCAAAGGUCACCGUCAAUCUUGGAGCUUCACCUAAUGACCAACCAGACGUCGACGUCAGUGAUGAAGAGUUCUUGCAGUUUGACACUAGUGGAGUACCCGUCAUAGUGACUUUAACUAAGGUCAGCAGGCACUACAUUGUAGAUGCAACCUCGGAAGAGGAGUCUCAAAUGAGCUCUGCGGUGUCUAUUUCCGUGAAUCGGCAUGGCCACAUCUGUGGGUUGACGAAACGAGGGGGUGCAGGCUUAGACCCCAGUGUUAUUCUUGACAUGAUAUCGGUAGCAAAGCAUGUCGGGGAGCAGCUGAUGUCGUUACUGGAUUCAGAGAUUGCUGCUGCAGAAGCAUCCGCUGAGGACCAGUAAUUUGCUUUCUCCUCCCAACAGAAGAGAGCCUAACAAAUGUUUGGUCACUUUCCUUCUGGCAGAUCAAUUUUCUGAGUGUCAGUGGAAAUGUUGGGGGCAGAUGCAACUUCUGUCAUGUUAUCAAAGCUAUUUACUCCUUAAGAUUCCUGCCCCGACUCUCGUAACCUUGCUGCAAAAUGGUUCCUAAUUUGAGACCGUAAGCUGUUGCCAUCCCCAUCAAGUGAUGUUGUGUGGAGAUUUUGCUUGAAUACCAUUUUUAACUAGAAGCAAGAAGAAUCGCUUUGAUAACUCUCA